AUUCGUUCACAGAUGUCGAAUGUGACGUCUUUAAGGCGCACAGCAGUGGUGAUGGAUAUUUUGUAGCAUACAAGAGUAAACAGGAUUUAUAUGUUAUGUAUUGUGCAAGUAUGCGACACGUUAAAACAAAUAUACUUAUUUAAUUCAGUUUGUGUAGGUAAGUCGUAGUCUUGGGAUCAGGUAGAUUGUGGUUUCUCAUGGGCGUGUGUUACGUGUACUUCACGUUUUCACGGCGGCGAGUUUGAAGCUCAUUCUUGAUGGUAAUUGCAAUAGGAUUUGAAGGUAGUGCCAACAAACUUGGUAUUGGUAUCGUGCAUAAUGGAGUGGUCUUGUCCAAUUGCAGGCGGACAUACAUCACUCCACCUGGAGAAGGUUUUUUGCCAAGGGAGACAGCCCAGCAUCACCGGUCUCUUGUACUUGCUGUGCUGUCACAAGCGUUGCGGGAAGCUGCAGUUACACCAGAACAGAUUGAUGUAGUUUGUUACACCAAAGGUCCUGGCAUGGCACCAUCACUCCAGACAGUGGCAAUAGUGGCAAGAACAAUUGCUCAGCUUUGGAACAAACCAAUAAUUGGUGUUAAUCACUGCAUUGGACACAUAGAAAUGGGAAGGAUGAUAACUGGAAGUGAUAACCCAAUAGUGCUGUAUGUCAGUGGUGGCAACACACAAGUGAUUGCCUAUUCUAGAAACAGAUACAGAGUCUUUGGGGAAACAAUUGACAUAGCCAUAGGCAACUGCCUGGACAGGUUUGCAAGGGUGCUGAAACUGUCCAAUGAUCCCAGCCCAGGAUACAAUAUUGAACAGCUGGCAAAGAAAGGCAAGAAGUUUUUAUCACUGCCAUAUGUCGUAAAGGGGAUGGAUGUAUCUUUCUCUGGAAUUCUCUCAUACAUUGAGAAACAAAGUUAUCAACUUUUAAAGAGUGGGGAAUACGCUCCAGAAGACCUGUGUUUUUCUCUCCAAGAAGUACUAUUUGCAAUGCUGGUAGAGACCACAGAACGAGCAAUGGCUCACUGUGGCUCUCAAGAAGUUCUCAUUGUUGGUGGUGUUGGUUGUAAUUUGCGUCUGCAGGAAAUGAUGGAGACUAUGUGUCAUGAGAGGGGAGCAAAGCUGUUUGCAACAGAUGAGAGAUUUUGCAUUGAUAAUGGAGUGAUGAUUGCCCAGGCUGGUUUUGAAAUGUUCAGGACUGGUAACUUGACGAAGUGGGAUGAAACAACAGUUACCCAGAGGUAUCGCACAGAUGCUGUGGAGGUUACCUGGAGAUGAUAAAUCAGCUGUUACAUAUUGUCAGACAUUUGUAUUAAUUAAUGUAAAAACAUGUUUUACUCUUAAGAAUGUUCUGUCAUCACAUGUGGUCUUGUUGGAUGUUGAAGUACGCAGCCAUUAUAUCAAAAUGUAAAGAUUAAUAUGUUGAGGAUACAGGAGUCUCUUGUGUUUAGGAAAGAAAUUGGUCUUACAGCAUGCUUUGCUUGUAUGCCCCUCAUAUUUCCUUUCCUUAUGUUUCUUAGAUCACUUACUAUAGUUGUAGGAAAUAUUUUGACAUUUCAAAUGCCUGGACAGCCUUGUCGUUAAUUAUUUUUGAUAAUCAGUAUACCUCACUAGGUGUAACAGGCUAAAAGUUCUUGUUGGUUUCAGGAUAUUUUUAAAUUAUGGGAAGUUACUGUUGUUCAGAGUUAGCAUUUGACUGAGAUAUUGUAAUCCUUGCAUGAUUAUGUAAUGUGAUAUAAACUCAGUUCUCAUAUUUUUGAUCUAUGUCAAAACAAACAUUUUGUGUUAAAGUCUAUUUUGUUAUAGAGUAAAUUUUAUUUGUUAUUACAAGUGUCUGUUAUUCUGUAGGCUUUUGAUUAUUUUUUUAAGAAUGAAAAAAUGAAAUUUUAAUAUGAAUAGACAAGUACAAAUUAUGUGCAAUCUAUGGAAAUUAAUUUUGAUUAGAUGGUAGUUGAAAAUUUGACAGAUGACAUUGAAACACCUCAGCGUUAUUUAUAAUCAGUAUUGAAAUCUACCUUAGAAAUGUUCACAAUCAACAUUUUUACUAUUGUUUAGCUUUGGCAUUGAAUGUUGAAUGUUGAAGUUGUUCCUAUCUUUCAGCAAACAUUGAAGUUGCCAUCAAACCAUUAAGGUAUAUUAUUUAAACAUUGCAUCACAUGUUUUGGCAUAUGGUGAAAAUCAAAUUUUAAUUUUUAAUUAUCAAAUUUGUUUUGAAGUUUAUUGCAGUGCAUAAUUAAGUGGUAAAGUUUAAUAUUAGAUUACAUCAGAUAAAAAAUGUAUAUAGAAUAUAACUUUUAUUUAGGAGUAAAUUAGGAAUAACAUUUUCAAGUGUAAUUCACAUAUUUGCUAUUGUUGUAAGGAGUUCAUGCUAGUGUGCUUGUAAGUCUGUUGAAGAUUUGUUGGAGGCUCCUAUGGAAUAUAUGAAGAAAUAUGAGGUAUAAAACUAAAAUUGGAUAUACAGAUGUCUUCCACAAGAUUAUAUGGUAUAAGGGGAUAUAUGGUUUGACAGCUUGAUAUGUACAGACCCUCUAAUAGAAUAUAGAAUGAGUAUUAUGAGA